AUGCCACCGGUCGUGCGCACCUCACCCCAGAAAACGGCUUCCACGCGGAGGAACGAGCACAAACGGAUCGACAAGGUACGUCGCGAGCGGGUGCUGCUGAACGACACACUAAAUCGCGUCCACAACACCCAGCAGACCAGAACCGAGAGCCUCGUCAUCAGGGACGCCAUCCACACGCUACGCGCUCAACGCCAGGAAGCCGAGAUGAUUCGACAGCAUCGCGAAUACCUUCAAGGCAAGCUGGCUCGAUACACGCUCAAAUAUGGCCCUCAUCCCUUGAUGUCUAAGACCGGAUUCUCUGCUCCCAACGUCCUCAACGGCACCAGACCCGGAUUGCCGCAACAGCCACCUGCCGCAAACCCUAGCUGGAAACUCAAUCGCUACAUCCCGCAGACGCCAGAGUCGUCGGCGUCAACUGACAAGGAACCUUCUCGAGCAUCUACACCUGGCUUUGCCGAGAAACAUCCAAUGCUCUGUGGGCUAUUAGCCUCACCAACGCCGUGGUACGCGGGGCCAGAACCGAGCACGCAUGAUGCAAAAGAGGAUGUGCUUGACGAGGCCACCUUCAUGAAGGCGAUCAAGCUGGUCGAGGAGCGCAUCACGAGUACCGAGCAGUUCAACAACGGCACAUUCACAAGCUCGGCCAAGUCGAAAGUGCCCGAUCAGCCAUCGCGCGCGCUCGAAGAUUCAUGGCUGGAUCGGGCCUGUGCAUCCGUGGCCAAGGGCGAAGUCGAAUUUGAUGAUGGCGUCUUCGACUUCUUUGAUGACGACGAGCCGAACGGCUCGAAAUCACCGAGUGACCUGAAGGUUCCAACC